AUGGCUUUAUUACCUGCUCCAUGGAUCUCAUCUCUGAGAUCACCAUCGUCGCCGAACCUAAAAGGGGUAAGCACAAGGUUCGAUUGGCUUCGUGUGGCGUUAACUCCGGUAUCCAUUUGUAGCUCCAUGUCUCCGACAAAUAUGACUUUUUCCAUGAUGGCCUCCGCUAUGUCGAAGCCACUAGCUCCAUCGCCGAACUGCUCCGCCUGCUCUGAUUUAGGGAUGUCGAGGGUGCAAAUAGUGAGACCGCCGGAUCCGUCCGUCCCUCCAAAUCCGCUGGAUCUUCAAGCUACGGUGAUACCAGUCACCAGUCCUAGCCCAUUCGGAUCUAGCCCUCCCUACGCAAGCGGUUCUUCUCUCUGCUCCGCCGUACCCCUAUUUGCCAUCUCAUGA